UCCCCUCCGUCUUCCUCUCCAAGAUGGCCGCCGCGUAUCGUGCUCCGCCGCCCUGCUUAGCGUGCCCCGCUCCCGCGGCAAGGGGGACGGUGGCCUCCGUUCCUCCGUUCCGCCUCCGGAAUUCGUUUCCACACGGGCUUCGUGGUCCGGGGAUUCGAACCCCCUCGAGCUUUUCCUCGGUCUCUGUAGCAAGAAGGCGGGAUGCUCCUGAAACAAUCACUGCAUCUGCCUGGGACGUCACUGUUCUUCAAAACGGUUUGCCUGUUCUCGUCGAAUUUUGGGCAUCAUGGUGUGGACCGUGCAAGAUGGUCGACCGCUUGCUCGACGAAAUAGCACGAGACUACGCUGGAAGAAUCAAAAUUUACAAGCUGGAUGCAGAUGACUAUCCACAAAUUGCAGAUUUUGAAGGCAUCGAUCGAGUCCCCACAGUUCUGCUGUUCAAGAAUGGGGAGAAGCUGAAGAGUUUAACUGGUACAAUGCCCAAGUCUCUGUAUGUGGAAGCAAUUGAGCAGUUGUUAUCUCACUGAGGAAUGCAAAGAUGCAUAGCUCAAGCUGGAUUUAUUUGUUUGUAUGUAGUAAUGUAUUCUUAUACUUCCCUAGCAACAUUCAAGCGAGAACAAAAGGAGAAGCAUAAUAAGCUAUUGGUGUUUCAAUUUUUGCUAGGAUACUAGAUGAAAACAAGGCUUGUAUUUUGAGUUCCCUGAAGAACUUGUAAUUUGA